GCUGAGCCAGUGGAAGCAACGGUUGGAUUUCGUCUACUGAAUCCUCAUCUUGCUAAACGCCUGUGGAAGUCAGCUGUCGAGCAUCAUGCCUUCUUCCGACUUAAAGAGCCAAGACUGCAGAAACAGGGUCACCAUGCUCUGACGGUCGGCUCCCACCAUCAGUACUCUGGCAAAACUUUCUUCCAGUAUCGCACAACCAACAUUGAUCGUCCACUCACAGAGUCGGAAAGAGCAGAAAGAGGCGAGAGAGCUGCGAGUGUGCCUGCAAGUCUCAAUCGCGCUGGCCUCCAGUACAACAGCAUGCAUUCACUGAACCGCACACACCCUCGAGACAUGACCAUUGGCAAGUCGGCGAGCCGGGACUACUUCGGACCGACGCGCGCCCCACCAGCCAGUUUGGAGGAGGUAAGUACACGAAGUACUUACUCAUUAUAUGCAUAG